CGGUACCACUAGCGAGUGUGCAACAUCGGCAGAGACCAGACUCUUUCGUUCACCAGUACUACCAAGACAACUUGUUCAAACCUCCACUAGCUAUUGCGUUCGGAGCCCGAUAAGACAGUUUCAUAGAGAUACGUGUUCCUAAUAAAUUCUUUAAAAUAGGUAACAACAGGGUGAGUUCGAAAUGUACAGACUCCUCGACGAAUGAGUUCAACUAUAUUUCUCAAAAAACCUUGUGUUUCUUAUUUUGCUUUUGCAGGAGGCGGCCCGUGGUUUGAUGGGGUAGACGUGAGUCAUUAGAAGUUACUUCAUGCGCCAGUCGUUUCGUGGUCCAUCUUUUGUUAAGUAUAGUAUACCAGCUUAUAGUAUAAUACUAAGUAGAGUUUUUUAUUAUAGUAUAAUACUAAGUAGAGUGACCACUCUCAGCUGCAGGCCUAUUGGAAUUGGAGAAAGGAGCAGAUCUCAUCAUCCGACUGUUUUUGAAAGAGAACCUUCUUAUUCUCAUGAACAUGUUUCCUCCAUUUUUACGCUGGUAGCACACGCUGACUCGGGUGAUACACAGGUCGGUAGUGGGCGAACAGCGCUAGUGGGCGAACACUAGGGCGACCUCGAAGACGAGGACGCCGACCGAAGAUAUAUUCAUCCUCUGUUGCAUCAGCCUUGUUUGACCGCGUGUUUCGCUAGAAGAGGAGGCGAUCGCUUGUUGGAUGCAGACUGGGUUCCCACCCGCCAAUACUAGCGUUAGCAGCUACCUCCAAGUGAGUACUACCACACGUAGUAGACUUCCCUGAGUAUUAAGCGUGAUCAUCAUCAUCAUCAUCAUCAUCGCCAUCAUCUCGGAGAAUUAGGACAUAACGAGAACAGUUGUUAGUGUCCUGGUAGGAGCAUCACUAUAGCAAAGAUAGAGAAACGAGAACCUUCUCCCAGAAGACUCUCCAACUCCAUCUCCAAGUCUAUCGAGUCUACUUCUUUGUCGCAAGUACAACCGUUGAGGAGCCGUGGAAAUCUCAUCGGCACUGAUACGAGUACGAGAGCCUCAACACUGAAAUGCAAUAAUACUAGUUCUUGGGUUCUUGUCGAUCGGACCGUGACAAGAUGGCGGAAGGCGUAGUGGCGGUUGCCGCCAGUACUGAUCACUUUCUCUUCUACAAACAUGAUAUCCUACGGUUUCGUCACCUGUAACAUCGAACAUAAUGAUUGCCACUCUAUCGAUCUGAUUACUUUUACUUUAGCUUGAUAAAAGUGAAAGAAAUGAUGUUGUAUUUCUACUUCGUAUAGAUUGGAAACCAACAACCUGAAGGAAAUGGUGUAGUUGUUGGUUUCCAAUCUAUACGAAGUGAAAAUAUGAAUGCUCCUUCCGGUCUUUGGUAUGGCCUGAAUUUGAUCAUAAAGGAAAACAAAAAGAGAACCCUUGUAAUCAAAUUCAGGCUACCCAAUUAUACCGGAACCAUUCAUACUUUCACUUCGUAUAGCUUGGAAACCAACAACUACGCCAUUUCCUUCAGGUAAAGGCAAAGUAUCCCUCGUGGAUUUUUUGGAGCAUGAUACAAAGGCUGUCAUCGAUAGUCCACGAAGUUUGCAAGCAUGCAGCCAAGAGGGUGUGGCCGCACAAGAUUUGAUUUACAAACCAAUAGAAGCGUUCACAGAAAAUGGUCUCGAACCAAGACUGGUGAAACUCAGGUAAGCAUGGGUUAUUUUUUGGUUAAAGAUAUGUUCGUGUCGUUGAUCACAUUUUUCUUGUACUCUGUAGUUCUUGUCACAUACAACAAGUUUUACUCUGAUUUUUAGCUUCUAGGAUAGCUUGUUACUCAAGCUUACGAUCGUCUCUGCUAUCAAUGGAUCACCACUUCGCUUCCUAUCGCAAACUCCCAGGUACGAUUUUUUUGAAGCCAAACGGCAGGAUUUGUUAGCAGCAUGUCGAAGGCAAAGGGAGAUAAUAUUAGAGGAGGAGGGACGAGAGAGGAACCAUUCCAACACCGGUUUUACGCUUGCAGAACUAAGCCGAGCGAAAGGCGUUUCGACUGGUAUGAUUUGUCUUUUGUGUUGCUGUGUACUGAUGAAGUUUUCGAACAACGACCUUAUUCGUAAUGAUAUUCCUUUUUGGUAAUUACCUGGUGAAGGGAGCAAUCACAAUGUAUAUGUAACCUCUCUUCACGUUUUCUUUUAUUUUUUCCUCUCCUCACCACCAGGUGUUUUAUCGGCAAUGCAGUCAGAUUGUGUGAAGCAAGAAAGGUCAAAAUUGCAACAUGCGCAGCAUUUGCAGUUGCAAUGGCUGCAGAACUGCCUGGCGCACCAGCUACAUACGACAAAGUAGUUACUUUUAAUUUGAAAUUGUUUUGUUUUCUCUUCGCAUAUCAAGAACAUGAUCAGGAUGUCAGAUGAUCCCAUAAGUAAACUAUGUAUACACUUCUCAACAGAAUGCUGGAAAAAGCGGAUCAGUUUAUGCAAGCGGAGGAGGCGGAUGAGCAGAUGGGCAAUAAAGAGGCGGCGGAGAGAAUGCGGAGGAAGAACGAGGAGAAACGCAUGAAGGAGGAACAGAAGAUGGCCGAAAUGAAAGCGCAACAAAAGUAUUCAACACAUGUUUGUUUAACAUUUUUUGGUGAGUUUUUCGACUUUGAAGUUGAUAAACUGUAAUAAUCAGCAUGUGCAACGUGGACCACUAGAGUACUUUGACUUUCGUCGUUCUAGGCAACAGGAACAACUGAUUAUCAAAAUAGACUCUUUUCAAUAUAAUUUCUAACUCCUUCGAUAAAACCUACGACGUUACUUCCUACUUCCUGCCAGAUUAGAGCAGCAAAUAGCGAAAGAGGAAUUUGAACGACAGCAGCUCGAAUUGGAGAAGGAGAAGGAAUUAGCGGAGCAGAGGCGAAAAGAGCAGCAUGCUAGGUCUUUAGCUGACCAGGCAGCAAAGAAGAAACUUGAGGAGGAUAAGGCUGCUAGGAGACGGGCGGUAAUAUGAGUGUGUUCUACUUUUGCUUGAAAUUGGAUUCAUUUUAUUUACUUGUAGCAGACGAGUCACUUUCACAAAACCUUUCCUGACUACCCUUGUCCUCGUUUAUGCUAGUAGAGUUUAACUGCUUGUUACGGGUAGCAUUGUAGUUGUUCCGUGCUUCCUUUGUUUUACAUUUUCGAAUCACGAUCAACUUUUUCAACUUCAGCAGCAGUCGGUCCUCAAAAUCUUAAGAACGCUGAUCCCUUCUUCAUCGCACCAACUCCUCUUCCACUUCCGUUACUUCUUCUCGACCAAUCUUCCCUCUGACAACAGGCGUGGCUCCAGCAGCAAGCCCAGUUAGAGGCAAUGCGAACGAAUGAUGAGAGGAGGAAGCAAAUCCGAGUUUUGCAGAAGAAGGAAGCUGAGAGGCAGAUGGCAGAGAGGAGGAAAUCUAAAGAGGAGAGGAUAUCACUCUCAAAAGCGAAUCUUGCCGGUCGAAAUGGGGACAAGUACUAUACCUCGUCCUGUUUCACCUCUUCGUCCUCUGUACUUGAUAAGUUUCUGCCGUACCUCUCUGUUCUCAUGUACCAGUAUUGCUUCUUCAACCACAGUCGUUGCAUUUCUACAAUAAAAAAUUCAAAUUCAUUUCCAUCUUCUACUACUACUUAUUCUACUUUUCCUACUUCUCUACUUCUCCUCCUCUACUAACUUUACGAUUACGUUUCCACCUCCAAACAGACUCGCAGUCUUCAUGGCGAAGCAGGCGCAUGAGCAAGCGCGUGAGGACCGCUUGAACAAUUUGAGACUGUUACAGCAGGAGGAAGGAGCCAGACGUGGAUUCCAGGUGAUGAUGAAGAGGAAGGCUAUUAUGGAUGAGGCAGAUAGAAAAGCGGAGGAGAAGAGAAAUUCCAUCAUCGAACACCAGAACGAAGUGGAACAUAGAAUGAUGCUGCACGAAAUGAAGAAAGAAAGGUACUACGGUUUUUUCUUAUGUCGUGCCAUGCUGUUGUUACUGUCUACUAGUAUCAAAUGAAUAUUGCACUUCCCUGACGUUGUUUGAUAUCAAAUGAAUAUUGCACUUCCUUUAUCUUGACGUCGAUUUUUACGUGCUGGAUAGGAUAGACUGUUGCUUCGUAAGAAAGACUUUCAGAAUCGCCAUGUAUGAACUCUCGCUCCACCCAAUCUCAGAUAUCUCGAGUUCAAGGCGGAGCUGGAUGCAUUGAAAGAGAAGAAUAAGGAAAUCAAUGUUAUUCGCCAGAGGCGAAAGGAGGAUCAGAAGCGGGAAGACACGGCAGAGACGGUACUACAACUUUUCUCGAUUUUCGAUGACUCCUCUUCGCUUAUCAUGAUACCUUGCCUCAAUGACCCCGAAUGCAAGCUGGUUCUUCCCGUUUUCUGUCUUGUACAAAAACUACCUCGCGAGACGCAGAUGAACGCCUCCACAUCUCUAUUAAAAGUUUCUCUUCUGACUCUCACACACACACACACACCCAUGAUACCCUUCCCGACUACAUAUGCAACCAUCUACUCCCACCCACCAGGUCCGGCGAAAAGACGACAAGAUCGAGAUGCUUCAUCACGAGAGGAAUUUCUUGUGGAAUCUGCGGAGAACGACAGGUGCGGAGGUCGCGAGAGCGAAGGACGAAGUCAAGAGCCUCAUCACGACCAUGAAAAUCAAGUACUACAAUUACCUCCUGAUGAUAAGUACUUCUACAAUUACGACCUCCUGAAGAUGAUAAAUUUUAUUUGAACAACGAGGUUACUUCCAAGAACUCUUCAUCUCAAACAGCAUCUCCCGCUUAUCAGACCAACUCCUCGACGUUGAUAAUCUUUCCUUCUCGCAAGCAACAAAAACCAUUCCUUUCCAUCCAAAGGUCCAACUACGACUCGAAAAGAGUCGAGGAUACUAUGCGAAAAAUUUUCAAGCGGAAGAUUUUCAACACCGAUUUCGGUCGUGUACAGUCUAUGCCAGACCUCGGGGACGAGGAUCCUGGUCAAGCUAUGGGCUCAACGGCCCCCGCAGAGGUGCAAGUGCAGUAGAAUGUGGAUUGGUGAAGAUGGUGGAGGUGGAGGUUUUUGUAGUUGUUGUGUUCGUUGCUGUACGUGCACAAAUGGGUCGGGACGGACUUUACCAUGUUUGCUCCAGUUCUAGCGUUGCAACUUCCGUUGGAUUUAACUGCGACGACAACAACAACUUCGCCUCAGUAUGAUCGUUCUCCUUCUUCUGCCCUGGUGACAAGGAGUGCGGCUCGCCCUUUUUCUUAUCGCCAUUGCUAGUGACAGACACACGUAAUGACAAAAUGGAGAAUUUUGCGUUUCUUACUUCUAUUCUCAGGUAAUAUUAUCAUUAUCAACAAAAUAUAAAUAUCGCGCCAUGCUAACAAAAGAAAAACUAGGUGUUUGGUUAUCAAUAUUUUACUUCAAAGAUGACAAGUUAGUACCCUUAUAACAAGUUCGUCGUUGGUCGUUGAUUAUGUUCGUUGUUGUAAAGAUCUGAAACUGAAUGAUCUUCAUGAUUGAGGAAUCGACAUUAUUUCAGUUUUCAUUUUAUUAUGCAAUUCUCUGCUGAUCGAGAAAGAAUUACUACGUUCAACAGUUGUUCAAAAUUUACAUUCUGAAUAGAAAUCCCAAUGAUAUUGGGAUGAAAACAUCCAACGAAUUUAUGAUUCCACUGAGCUAACUGUAACUUCCGACGAGUACAAAAAACAAACGAUAUUUAUUUGUAUGACAUAAUAAUGCACCAGAUGAAUAACUUAUUCAGAACUAGUACCAAUUUAGAGAGUUGUUUUGAAAAUACUGACUCAGCUUCUAGUACUAACUAUACGUUAAUAUGUUGAGUCACUCAAAAAUCAGCUGAUUUUCAUUUGUCGCUUAUCUUCUGUUAUACAUACGAGUUAGAAUAAUUAUAUUUGAACACUAACAACUAUUUUUACUCUGUAAUCUAGUCGCUCGUCGUUUCUUUGACGCUGAUCCAUGCGAAAGGAAUAAUGUAUCAGAACUUGUAACAGAACUUGUAAUAGGUAGCAACUAGAAUUACACAAAUUUCACCCUUUGUGCAUAUCACGGUUGCAAUAAAAAUGUACAAUUUGUUUUCAAAAGGAACUAGUACUAGUUCUACUGCUACUAAUUCGUUGCACAUCAACUAUAAUGUGGUUGCACUAGCUACUACCUAGACGAGAGAUCCAGAUGGCACUACAGGCCCCCUUACCUGCCGAGCUGCUGCAAUUGUACCAAGCAAUACAGGUUUAAGCGACAGACUACACUGCGAACUGGAGUUGCGUCGUCCGCCCUGAU